AUGGAGUCUCCAACACGCCCCAUCCUGAGCCCCUCAAAAGCCCUGCAUCCGGUUUCGCCGGAACGCAUGAAUCAACAAACCCUACCCGCCUCUCCCUCACUACCUUCCGAUCUCCUCACGCUACACCACAAGAACACCCGAGGUGUUUCAGAAGUUCAAGCCAAAGUGGCGUUCCUAAACGGUCUCUCUCGAGGAGGCAGCCCUGCCAACUCUGCAGCAAACAAUGCCGCUCUACAACGCGCUAUCCUGGGCCGCGAGGAAGCCGAGUCCGCCCUAGCCACCGCACAAGAAGAUUUGUCUGAAGCACAGUCGCGAGAACGCCGGAUCAGUGAACGCCUCGAAUCAUUGCUGGAAGAGUUACACGGAACGAAAGAACGCCAGGCCCACGAACGAUCAAUUUUCGAAAAGGAAAUCCGAAGAGCCCGCAAGGAAGCUUUUCGGGCUGGGUCGACCCUGGUAAAAGUUCAAGAAGAAUUGAAACACUCGAAAUCAGAGAUCAAAACACUGAAAGACGAACUGGGAGCAGAACGUGAGGCGAAGGACAAGGCCAAACAGGAGGCAUUCGAACGCGCCUAUGCUCUCGCUGGUCUUACAGAGGAACUUGAAGUCUUGAAAGAGAAAUUCCGCGCGCUCGAAACAGACAAUCAUUCGAGUACCCUCGAAGUCCGCGCCCAUGAGAUUCGGAGAGAAGACUUCGGAAGACUGUCAAUAGCCGAAGGUGACCUUGCGUUUCUGGCCACCCCACGCAGACCGAAACGAGCCGCCGCAGGAUCUGUCCGAUCCCCAGCUCCGACACGCGAAGAAGAUCACGCAGAAGCCACUCCUCCCAAACGCCCACGACUGUCGGACUGUGCACCUAAGACGGAGGGUGAACAACCCGCAUCCGAGACGGCUGAGCUGGACGAAGAUCUGUUGGAAGAGAUUAAGGAAGAGCUAGUCUUUGAGCGUCGUCGCAGAGUCGCAGCCGAAGAUAUGGUGCAUUUCCUAAACGUUGAGUGCCAGUUCGAACGCUGCUCUUGCAGGCUUGCUGAGAGCCAAGGUCGUCGCUACAUCUACGACGCUGAUUACUAUAACAAAUUCCAAAAGCCUCAGAUUGAGGCGGAAGAGAAAGCUCGUGCUCAGCAAGCCAGCAUUCAGAAAGCUAGUGUGCACCAAGCCCAUCCUCACCCAACCAGCACCCCCGAGGCUAGCCCUCCCCCUCCUCCACCCCCCGUCCACCGAUCUCCUCUUCACCAGGCCAACAAUCCCCAGGUGAAGUCUCCUCAACACAGCGCCCGCCAGGAAGAACCCGAGCCAAGUCGUACCCCUCUGGCUGCGCCACCUGUUCCUGCCCACCAACACACUGCGCCUUCUAUGAAGGCCGAACCGACAGAUCUCCACAAGAUGGAGAUGCCAGCCGAGCCCCUGGUUACAUUUUCUCCAGAGACUGGCACAUUCACGACAUUCCCAUCUCCUCUCCGAGACAAUGUCAGGCCUCUGCGAUUGGAUCUCUUCGAGACACCCGAUCUCGCUGAGCCUCAGCCAGAUGUCCACGCGCGUCAUAUGGAUGCCUCUGCAUCACCCGACCAACAGGUUGACUCGCUCACCCCCUCUGGGGAGCCGGCUCUGACGGGAAUGCCUCGUCCCACCCCAUCAGGUGGUGUCGCCGAACACUCGCGUGCACCGCUGUCCGUGGAAGCAAGAUCGUCGAGACCUGUCGAGAGAGAACCCUAUGGACACCGCCAACCCAUCAACCACCAAAAGAGAGCUCCUUCCCGACAAGAGCCACAGUCACAGCGCACUUCGCACCCUGGCGUGCCCGAGACACCCAUCGACCGCGAACAAGCACUUGCACAGAUCAGAGCGCGACGAGGUCGUACCCAUAGCAAGCAGCGAUCAGUCAGUGCCAGCGAACCUGGCCGCGCAGCUCGGGCCUCCAACCCGACCUCUGCUCGGGGACCUCGACGCCUUCCCAACCCCAACCUUCGAGCUGAUUCGAGCACCGAAAAUGAACUCGGUGAGCGUCGAGAUAUGAGUGCUCCUGUUCGCAUGUUCCGACGUUAA